AACGUUUUAUGCAAAAGCACCUCUAGUGGAAUAGGGAAAUCCAGAGUGAAAUUUUUGUUAAACCGUCGAACGAACAAGGCACCAGGUCGUCUGACGCAGAAGAAUCGCCGUGUCCUGAAUCAAUCACUGUGUCGGCACAAGAAAAAAAAAUGGAUUUCCUGUGCAAGUUGGGAGCCUUGGCACUCCUCCUGUGCGGGGGCCUCCGUCUGGGUUUGACCACCAAGACGCCCCUGCCGGUUAUGGCCCUCAGCCCCGGUGGGUCUUGGAUCGGCUUUGACAAGUCCAUGGAACUCGCAGUUCACGAUAUCAACCAGCAAGAAGACAUACUGGCCGACUACGAGCUGCAGUUGUAUAUAAACCACACGAACCCCAACGAACCUGCCAAGCCCAGCUCUGGUAACGCCGACUACAUCAUCUACAGCAAUUUCUACGAUGGCCCCGAUAGGCCCAUGCCCUUCCUCCUGGGCAGUUUCUACUCCGAGGAAUGCGCCGUUCUGUGCCGAGCAGUCGCCCGGUUCAAUGUAAUCCAGAUCAGCUAUGGCGCAGUGUCGCCAAGUUUAUCCGACCGCACGGAGUGCCCAACCUUCUACCGCACCGUGCAGUCGGCCACCCAGCAGAACGUCCCUCGCCUUCGCCUGCUCCUCAAAUAUAACUGGGACCGGGUGGCUAUCAUUCGAUACAGCAAUGUCGUUUUCACUUCGGUUAUGGAAUCUUUGCGUGACUUACUCCGUGUGAACAAUAUCAGCAUUGUGGCCAACGAAAUGUUCGAGGACACCCCGAGCAAUCACAUUGCAUAUCUUAAGGAGCGGGAUGCACGCAUCAUCAUCGGUCUGUUCUGGGACGAGCAAGGAAGGCAGGUCUUCUGCGAGGCCUACAAGCAAGGUCUGUACGGCGCCCGCUACGUUUGGAUCCUGAGGGGCAUCGGGUACUUCGCUCCGGACUGGGCAAUCCGGCCAGACCCCGCGAUAUCGUGCACCCCGGAGGAAAUGACUCUGGCCACGGAGGGUGUUGUUAUCACCAACUGGCACUUCUUACCAGCGACUCAAGACACGGCACUUACAGGCAGGACGCCCUCCAACUUUUUGGCUACCUAUAACGAGUACGCCGGUGAAUUCUCUUUUGGCGACGCUGGAUCGACGGCGUAUGAUGCAGUGCUCACGGCAGCUGUGGUCUUCAACAAGUCCAUUGAGCGCUUGCAACUUGUUAACAAAACGCUGGAGGACUUCACCUAUGACGACGAAGAAAUGCUUCAGGUCUUCAUGGAGGUGAUAGACGACUUGUAUUUUGUUGGUGUGUCGGGGCCGGUAAGCUUCUUGACGGACGGAGACCGAGUGGGGCAGUUCAAGAUAGAGCAGAUCAGAGGUGGCACUGCAGGAACUGUGGGAUAUUUCCUGUCCCAUGAAGACCGAUUUGAAUGGAUCGAUGAGGGAAUCUAUUUCCUCAACGGUGAACCACCACAUGACGAGAUUCGAAGGGGGGACAGACUGGUGACCAUCUCUACCUCUGGAUUUGUCGCCAUUUGCUCGCUGUGUGGUCUGGGCAUCGCACUGGCUUGCGGGCUACUUGUUUUUAACGUUGUCAUGCGAAAACAAAGAAUCAUCAAGCUUUCCAGUCCCAACAUCAACAAUUUAAUCAUCAUGGGAAGCCUCAUGACGUACAUCUCCGUUAUCCUAAAUGGCCUAGACCGGGACAAAGUUGGCGCUGAGAACAUGGACCACGUGUGCAGGGCCCAACUGUGGAUGCUCGCCUUAGGUUUUACGCUCAGCUUCGGCUCCAUGUUCUCAAAGACGUGGCGUGUCCACAGCAUAUUCAUGAACAAGAAACUCGAGAAGAAGGCUGUGAAGGACUACCAGCUAGUGACAAUGGUGGGUGUCUUCAUCACUCUUGAGAGUUUGUACCUUGGUGUGUGGGAGAUCAGACCUUUGGUAGCUGUCUUAAAUGCUUAUGAGGCCCAGGCGACAGUCGAGAAAGAUUUAAUGCUGAUACCCGUGGUCCAGCGAUGCACUCGGCAUGGAGUAACCGAUAUCAGUUGGCUGGCUGGUAUCUACAUCUUCAACGGCGUCCAGCUCGUCUUUGGACUUUUUCUGGCUUAUGAGACAAGAAACGUGACCAUUCCGGCGCUGAAUGACUCCAAAAACAUCGGCAUGUCCGUGUACAACGUUUUCAUCUUGUCCUGCGUGGGCGCCAUCUUCAGCCUGCUGAUGGACCCGCUGAAGACCGAGACCAUUUUCCUUGUGACGUCACUCUGCGUCCUGGUCAGCACCACGACCACUCUGCUCAUUAUUUUCACGCCCAAGACACCCAGGUGGCUCCAAAGUGACGACCAUGCCGAGCGUGACCCAGCAGUCUUUGUGCGGGCCAGGGCCGUCCACUGCCAAGACAAUUUCCUCGCCGCCUGCGCCAAAGGGAAACAGCACGGCUACAGCCUACCCCAGUCUAGUGAGUCACCGCUGAUCGUGCUUGUCACGGCUCUGUUUUGUGAGGAGUAUAUAUUUACUGAUACGGCAAGGUCACGUUUGUUGACUUUAUACAAACUAGAAAAAUUAUCUGCAGUGACCUUUGCCUCUUUUUUACCUUUGUCUUUGGGCAUUUUCUAACUUUAAUGGUGCUUUCACAACACACACAUAUGGAAGUCGCUAUCUUGGCCUAUCAACUGUAAACAUUAGAACUGCAAACUUACCCAGGUCUAUUUUGUGAGAUAUGAAAAAGAUGUUGGAUUUUUAAGACAUUCUAAAUUUUCUGUACUGUAAGCACUGUACUGUAGGCCUAAGUUAGUUUUUUACACAGAUUUUUUCUGAUGUCUUACAUUGACAAGUCUUUUGUUAAAUUAUCCAUUCAGAACUAUAACCCGACAGGUUAUUUGGAUCGACACAAGAAGAUGUCUUGGGACAAAGUUGUACAGUAGCUAGUGUGGUUUACUCGGCUGGCUCGAUCUGCGGCUCUCUGCCUGAUUGUCAGAUCUCAUAUGGAUUUUAUACAUUUACCUGACAUUCCAUUUUUCAUCCAUCAUACCAGUUUCCUUGCCUUAUUAGGUACUGGCUACUAGUCUUUGAAUAUUAAUACAGCGUGAAUGAAUAUGUUUGGUUCAUUUGGAUUUGAGGGUAGCGCUAGUCAAAUUAUUGAAUACUGGCUUUUCCUUACAAAGGAUUAAAGCAACGUUUGAAAAAAAGCUGAUAUUUUAAAUGUUGGAACAAUAACAGUUCGUGUGUGCUAUUUUCUAAACUUGUAUCGCUGCUUAAAUAUUAUUCACUGAGUUAUUUUUUUCGCGUAGCUAAGGAUAUAAAUACUGCUUAAUAUUAAUUGUAGUUUUAUAUAACUGGAAAAUAAAGUUCACUGUACGUUGGUUUCUUUGUGAACUAAUUGCAUGGAAUUGUGUUAGCAUGUACUUUGACAACUCUUUGAGAUUAUGUUAAAACAUAUUUCUAGUUCUAUUUUCGCUGUUUGUGAAUAGAGUACUAGCUUUAUGAGCAGCUUCAUCUGAUUGAUGGAUCCUUGAUACAGAGUUGUAAUGACUCCAGUCAAUAAAUCGACUCGAGUCCAACUUGAGUCACAAUUUCGGCGACCCGACUCGGGUAUCGACGGGUAAAUUACUCGAUUGGAGUCAAGUCGAUGACUCGACUCUAAUAUUUCAUGGAGACUCGACUUGAGUACAAGCUUAUCAGCCUCGAGUCUCAAAAAAUUAAAAGCAAGAUUUUUGUUGGAUAUAUACCUGUCAUCUUAAUUUAUUUUCAGUUGGCUAUGUCUAAAUG